GGCUGUGCUGGUCGCAGGGGCCCUCAUGGGAGCUGGGGAUGUGAUCGCACAGCAGCUGGUGGAGCGGCGGGGGCUGCGUGGGCACCACGGCCCCCGCACCCUGAAAAUGAUGGCCAUUGGCUUCUGCUUCGUGGGCCCCGUUGUGGGCAGCUGGUACAGGAUCCUGGAUCGGCUCAUCCCGGGGAACACAAAAGUCGUGGCUGUCAAGAAGAUGGUUCUGGACCAGGGGGGCUUCGCCCCGUGUUUCCUUGGCUGCUUCCUGGCCAUCACGGGGGCCAUGAACGGGCUGUCAGUGCAGGAUAACUGGUCCAAGAUCCAGCAGGACUACACAGACGCCCUGAUGACCAACUACUGUAUCUGGCCACCCGUGCAGAUUGCAAACUUCUACUUCGUGCCCCUGCAGCACAGGCUGGCUGUUGUCCAGUGCGUAGCCAUCGUUUGGAACUGCUACCUCUCCUGGAAAGCAAAUCAGAUGUGAGGCAGAAGCCGUGUCCCACCCCUGUCCCCAGCUUGUGCACUGACUGACCCCGCCACACCUCGGGAGCCCUUCGAGUGGGUGCCUGUGGCUGAGGAUAGGCUGAAACAGGCAGCAGCUGUCCCUCUCUCUCCCUGGGGAGACACCGUCACCAUGGCCCCCACUGCCCCAGGGACACACUGGGGAGAAGAUGGUGCCAGGGCACCCUGAGACAGGCCUGGAGUGGCUCUGGCUCCA